UAUCGGUAGUGACAUCGACGUUCUUGCAGCUCUAGCAGAAGGAAAAUAAAAUUAACCAGGAGCGCAAAAAACGGAAAACUCGAGUUAUCCGCGCCACGGCCAGAACCCACGGGAUUCCAAAGUGCUAGCAAACCCCGAAAUCCAUGCAGAGCGAGCUACCAAAGAGGCACCCAAAAUUGUUUUUAGUCAAGAAAUCACAAAUCCCGCAGAGGAGCAACGUUUCCAAUAAGCAAGCAUACAUAAAUGGUUUCUACUUUCAUUGGCCUACUGGAUAUUCAAUCAUGGUGGGAGAUACCGUGUAUUUCGCAUUUCUGUUCAUUGUUUAGUUCCGCCUUUGAUCUGCCCGACAUCGAUAUCGAGGACCUCGAAUCGGCGCUGCUCUCCGAUGGUACCAGCGAUGAAGAUCAGGUCGCCCUAGUGCCCGAGUUAAUUGUGCGCCUGCUCAAGGGCUGCGAUGCGCUACAGUCGGUAGCCAAGGAAAUCACACACAGCAACUAUCAGAUGUUCUUGCGCCGCUUCUUGCGCCAACAGUGUCGUUUGCACCAGACCGAGAACCACUUCGACACGGACAUUGACUUCCAGUCGCUGCCCGUGCGCAAGCGCCUGCACAUCCUGCACGACCUGUGCCACUUCCGCCUCGACUCGGCCGAUGUGCAGGUCAUUCUCAGCAAUCUAGAGGCGGACAGCUUACGCGUGGAGCCCCUCGGCUACGACGCAAAAAAUUCGGGUUACUGGUACUUCUACGGCACGCGUCUAUAUCGCGAGGACAAGGCUAGUGGAGCGGCCGCAGCAUCAGGAUCGGGCGGUGGAGGAGGCGGAUCAGGAUCGGCCACUUCAGCAGGCGGAGCCUCUAGCAGUAGCAAGGGCAUCGGCAGUAACGGCACCAUCUGGCAGGUGAUCUGCUUCACCGAGGAGGACUGGCAGAACUUGGCCGCUAAGUUUAAGACCUCGACGAACGCCAAGGAGCGCGAACUUUUCCAAAUACUUGAUGAGAACUUUCUGCCCAAGCUGCCGCAGCUAUUUCGGGAGCGUGAGCGUUUGAGGCGCAGAAAACUUCUUCAAGUGCGCAACUCCAGUCGCAUUCGCAAUCUUGUGGAGCUAAAAGCACGCCAGCGAAGAGAGCGUGAGAAUCUGUAUCAGGAGCGGCAGAACGCACACUGGCUAGCACCGCCAACGCAACAACAGCAACAGCAGCAACAGCAGCAGCAACAACAGCAGCAACAACAGCAGCAGCAACAGCAGCGCACACGCAGACGAUCCCAAUCCACAUCGACGGCUAGUGGUAUUUCAACCUACGCAAGCUCUCUCAGACGAACAACCACAACUAAUUCGAGCGAAUUUCUGUGCCACAGGGAAACCUUCUGCCUCUCGCCAGAAAACGACGACGACGGGGAGGCCCUCGACGCGGAGCAGCCACACGACGAGCAACAAGAGGUUCAGCAGCAGCAGCAAGAGCAUCAAGAAGAACUAUUAGCAGUAGCAGCCACCGAUCCCGAUUUUCGCUCACCUCAAACGCCGAAAUCGCAAAGCAAGGGCCACCAUAGCCACCACCAUCAUCAUCAUCACCAUCACCAUAAGAAGAAAAAGUCGGGCAAAAAGCAAAAGAAGCGACACCAUCGCGAUCGCGAACAUCAUCACCAUCAUCGACGGCGACACAAGCAUGCUUCAGAGGCAGACGAGGGCGAGGACGACAACAACAACAAUCACAACAGCAACAGUAAUAGCAGCAGCAGCAACUAUAGUGGGCAGCCAAAGCGACAACGCAGUGGCCCUCAGCAGCCGCAGCAGCAGCAAGAGGAGACUCCUUCCGAGGAGACACCAACGACCACUAACACUUCUCUAAGUCCCGAGGACAAGGAGAACUUUUGCAGGCAACUGCAAUUGUUGGACGCCAAUUCGGCGGCAAUAGCCGUAGCCACCAGCAUCGCCGACCUUAGUCUGCCGUCUCCAUCGGUGGCACAUGAGAGCGAAGCAGAACAGGAAGACCAGCAACAGCAGCAGGAGGUGGAUCAGCGGGCAGCAGAACCACCACCACCAGCAAUAGUGUCUUCUUCGAUGGCGCCAGCGGCCAAUGUCAAGUUGCCCGGCAGGCAGACAAACAAUUCGCUCAGUUCACUGACUGGCAACAUCUUCAUACCGGCUGGAGGAAGCAGUGAAACGCAGCAACCACAGCAAGCUCAGGAACAGAGCGGCACUAGCAGUAGCAGCAGCAGCACCACAGCCAGCACAGUUCGUUCAAAGAAGCAAAAGGCCGUUCUGAAUAGCAGCGGAAGCGGAAGCAGUAGCAGCAGCAAAGCGGUGGACAAAACGGAAGCUGGCAAGCCCAAGAAGGUUGCCUCGUCAUCGGCAUCAUCGUCCUCUUCCAGCAAGGCGGAACGGCAGAGCGGUGCCUACUCGGACAAAAGUGGCGAUGACUUUACCGAAACGGAGGAAGUCCUUCAAAUUGGAAUGCAUAAGGUGCUGGUCUACGUAAAGAAUCAUCGCGAUGCCUGGCCAUUUAUGGAUCCCGUGGAGGAGGAUAUAGCACCACGCUAUUAUUCCAUCAUCAGGAGACCUAUGGACCUGCUCAAGAUGGAAGACAAGCUGGACAGUGGAGAAUAUCACAAAUUUAGCGAAUUUCGGAAUGAUUUCCGCCUGAUCGUCAACAACUGUCGACUGUAUAAUGGGCACAAUAAUGAAUACACGGAAAUGGUGAAUAAUCUGCAGGAUGCCUUUGAGAAGGCCACCAAAAAGUACUUUGAUAAUCUCUCAGAUGACGAGGACGAUGACCCUAAUCUAAGCUACCCCGCCGCCGACUCUAAAAUGAACGUUUUCCGAGAGAAAUACUUCAGCAAGAAGGCCAAGGAGGAGACGGAGAAGGAUGCAGCGACGAUGGGGGGACGUCAGGAGAGCAGCGCUGAAGAGCGCAGCGAGAUCGAAGAGGAGGCCAUGCAGAAAGCCCAAAAGCGUAAGCGCAAGGAAAAGGACAAACGGCGCAAAAAGAAAAACAAGAGCAAGGCAGAGCCCGAAACGGAUGAUGAGGACAUGGAACCUGAGAGGGAACCAACGCCACCGCCGCCACCUCCGAGCAAAAAGAGCAAGGCUAGUAAGGUGGCCAAGGAAAAGGAGAAGGAAAAAGAAAAGGAGAAGGAAAAGGAAAAGGAGAAGGAGAAGGAAAAAGAGAAAGAGAAGGACAAGGAACCCGCAACAAAUAAGAGGGGACGCAAGGUCAAGAGCGACAAGUCCGCGGGUAAGCCCGGUAAGCAGCCACAGCUGCACAAGACCAAAAAAGGGGCCAAGAAGAUGGAAGCGCCCGAAACGGAACCCGAAUCGGCGGAUGCCAGCGACAGCCACGAGAGCGACAACUCCAGCGAUGAUGAGCACUUAUCGCUGGCCAAAGCCAAGGCCAAGUCCCUCCCCAAACCGCCCACAGCUCGGACUAUAGCGGCGCAGAAGAAGAAGUCGGUGCCUGCGGAAUCCAAAGUUAAGACGCCCACGCCCGUCAAGCGACAAGUGAAGGGUAAGGGAAGUAACAAGAGCAGACGCGCCGAGCAGUCCACAGAGCAGCUGCUGCCGCCGACAGCAGCUGCUGCUUUGGCCGAAUCCGCCGCCGAGCUGGAAGAAGACGAAGAUGAGGAGGACACGAGACGCGCUGCGGGCGAAGACGACGAUGAUGAGGAUGAGGACGAGGACGGCUCGCGUUCGCGCAGCAUGUCCCCCUUCAAGGUUGAUCUCCACAAGAAAUACUCGAAAAGUGCCCUUAACGAUGAUCUCUCCGAGCUGCUGACCACCGUGAAAAAGGUGCCCACCGCGGAGACCACCAAACUAAGUUCCCGACAUCAUAAGGAUGAGAACGCAGAGAUGGAGGAGCGAUCUGGCCGCGAGUCUGACGGGGACUUUAAAUCCCUGAGCAGCAGUAGGGCCAGCUCUCAAGAGCGUCCGCCGGUGACGAAAAAGGGGAGGAAAGGGGAGAGCUCAAAGAAGGACAAAGAGAAAAAGGGCCGGGAUAAGGACAAGGACAAAGACAAAUCCCGCAGCACGAAGCACAAGAAGAGUAAAGAGGAGUCCGCCUUGUCGGCCGCCGCCGCUGCUGCCGCGGCCGAGCAGGCCGAACUGGAGAUGCUGCUGCCCUUCAUGGACAAGUACGAUGUGAUCAAGUUUCGACGCAGUCGUGCCGCCCAGAGUGGCUCCAGUGCCUCCAACUCGAUAGCCCCCUCCGAGGACUCAAAGCCAGCCAGCACCAAGAGCGGAAGGGAGAGCACCAAGAAGGCCUCGGCCAAGAGGGAUCCCGAUCCUCCGGAGGUUCACAAGCGCGGCCGGAAGAGCAAAGACCAAAAGCGAAGUAAGGAUGUAGAGAAGCAGGAGAAGACUGAAAAGGCGGGCAAGGCAGAGUCAGAGAAGCACACGGAGACCAAGUCAAAAAAGAAGGAAGAGCCUCCAAGGGAGAAAAUAGAAAAGCCAGCAAAGGAGAAGUCUCCGGCUCCGCUAGAGCUUGCCGAGACGAGCAAGAAGGAGGAGGUUUCUACCCCGCCCGCCCCUCUCUCAUCAUCCACAACCAGGGUAAAGGAGACGCCUGGCAAGACUACAGCCAAGAAAAGACCAGACAAGCAAAUGCCGCCGCCCCCGAAGCCAGCGGAUAAGCCCAGCGGCGACAAAGGCUCCGGCAAGAAAACCACUGCCGGCAAGAAGGCGGCAGCACAAAAGGCGGGCCAAGCGCAAACCACCAACAGCAACAACACCAACCUCGAGGCAUUGGAUGUGGAGACUGAGCAGACCCUCAAGGACAUCAAUCGCUGGCUGGAGCACACGCCCCGCUUCACAGAGUUUAGUUCAGCCAGCAACUCGCCCUCGCGCUACAAUCUACUCGACGAUUUUGAUUCGGGCAUCGGCAGCAAACUGGAUGCGGCGGAUUUCCGCCGUCCCGUGGCCUUGGCCGCUCCCAAGGCGGAAUUGGUGCCGACGAAGCUGGCGGAGGCUUUGAACGAGCUGGUCAGUGAACCAAAAGAAGCGACAGCAGCCGCCAGUAAGUCUGAAUCGGAAUCCGUGGCUCCCACGGCGAGCAGUGUGAGCAGCAGCUGCGGCACUCCUCCGCACUCGAUGCACUCGGGCAACUCCAUAGGCAGCACUUCCGCCACAGCGGCCUCUAGUUCGAAUUGCUCCAACAACUCAAUGCCCACGCCUUUGCCCGUUGGUGUUACGGCUCCCCUGCCCGCGGUCCUGCCGUGCUUGCCUGUGCCUCAGCCGCCAGCGAAGCCCAAGGAGCCGAGCACCACGCAGCUGCUGCUGAAUCCACCACCUCCCCCUCACAUUAAGCAGCAGCUGGCCAAGGAGGCCAAGCGCAAGUCCCUCAAGGAGAAGCAGGCGGCGGCUCAGGCUGCUCAGGCGCAGCAGGUCAAGGCCAAGGCAAAUGUGAUGAGGACCAUUGAACGGCUGCAACCGGGCAAAGCCAAGGGAAAUCUCAUUCAAAAUGUGGCCGCUGGCAAGUCAACAGAGGAAACUAGUGAUACACUCACAGGCACAAACCCAGUGGCCGCUAAGGCCAAGGAGCUGAAGAAUGCCUUGAUCACAGAAACCUGCGACGGAGCACCGAAACUCAGUCUGGGCACCGUGAUCAAGACCCAGGACUUUGCUCUCGGCAAAACACUUGAGGAACUGGCCCGGAAUAAGCCCACAGACGAAGACGAGGGCGUGCCCACGGAGGAAACCAAAACUGAGGAGACCUCGACACCACCCACAACGCCCAGCAAAGAGGGAGGACCGCCCAAGCCAUUUGAAGCUCUUCUCGAGCUUAGCAAAGCUGGGAAGGCGGCGGCGGAGGCAGCCAAGGCCGAUGCUGCCAGUCAGCAAAAGAAGAAGCCCGAUCUGAGCGCCUGGCUACAGGCUUUCGGCGGUCCCAAGAUGAGCAAGAAGUCAGAGGAGGAGGAGCCAAAGCAGCAUCCGCUUCAACAUCAGCAGCAGGAUCUGCUGCCGGGUGAGGCCAAGGUGGCUCCGCCAGCUCAUUCCCCCGCCGGGGACAACUUUUCUCUGCCCACGGUGAUGCGUCCGAGGAAGCCGAGCACCGGCAGCACAAACUCUGAGCGCAGUUCCUUUAGCCAGGAUCCAGACUCACCGCGAAUAGCCAUCGAUGAACGCUAUGGAUCCUACGCUGCCGGCUCAUACACCUCACCCAUUGGAGCCUCCCCCAUAGGUGCAUCCCCCAUAAUGGUAUCGCCCAAGCCUAACGAUGACAUGGGAAAGCCGGCGUCGCCUUAUCCCCUGAAUGGAGCCAUCAAGGUGGGCUUCUACCAGGACACGACGACAAAGAGCAGUCCGGACAAGAGCUGCAGUCCGAGGGAGAUGAACUCGCCGUAUCCACAGUAUUCUCAGCACAUAUAUUCCUCCGCCUCUUCACCGAACGUCUCCACCCCGGACCUGAGCGGAACUUCGCCCUAUGGCGGUGGGAAUAGCUACAAUCCUUCGGGCUCUGAGGCUUCCAAGACACCCGCUUACUCUUCCACAUCCCCGCUUCCCAUUUACGACCAAUACAAGCAGCCGCGAUCCCAGGAAUCGGACUACAACUCCUCGAUGAGUCCGAGCACGCCGAAUCCGCAUUCGCCGUACCAGCAACCCCAGAGCUCGCCGUACACUACGCCUCAGCAGUCAUCGCAGUCGACGCAGCCAUCACCCUACCAUGGCCAGUCGCCGUAUCAUAAUCAGCAGCACUCGCCAUAUCAUCCGCCGGCUGCGCAGCAGCAGCAACAGCAGCCCUCUCAGCCUUCCUCGCACAGUCCGGCGGCCCACCAGCAGGCCCACAGUCCCAUACCAUCACCGGCAUCCUCGGCGGCCACCCAGCCGCCGACACCGUUGGCGCAUUCCCCCGCAGAGCAGCAGCAUUCGCCGUACCAGCAGCCCGUGCUGUCGCCUUACCAGCAACCUCAGGCGCAGCAGCAGCAGCAGGUUCAGCCUCCUGUGGUGCCGCCAGUGCAACAGGCUUCCACAGGUUCCGUAGUCUCAACGGCUGGCCUGAGUAACAAUGGCUAUGGUCCCGCCACCCACGAUAAUUAUCAGCAACAUCAGCAGCGCUCCUUGUAUAAUCCUGCCACUCUGAUUAAUCCACUGCCCACGGCUGGCGCUGCUUCGACAGCUGCGUCCAUCGCAAAACCGAAUAAUGACUGGAGCCUCAACCGCAGCCUGUUGCCACCGAGCAUUGCAAAUACGGCAAAUCAGGCGUCGCAGCAAGCUGGUCAGCAGCAGCAACAGCAGCCACAACUGCAGCCAGCGCAGCAGCAACAACUACAAGCAACACCCCAACAACAGCAGCUGCAGACGCAGCAACAGCAGCAGCAGCAGCAGCAACAGGUGCAGCAGCAGCUAAAGCCGAAGUAUCCAACGUAUGCGCAAUAUCAGUCAACAAAUGCAGCCGCCAGUGCAGCGGCAGCAGCAGAUGCUGUGGAUACACAGUCACAACAGCAACAGCAGAAGAUAGUGCCGCCCAGCUAUGGCAACGAUAUGGCCACCUUUAUGCAGCAUCAAAUGCAGCAACCUCCAAAGACGGACACUCUGAUAAAUCCCCUCAAGAGACCCGGCGAGGACAUGGGCAUGGAUUACAGUGGCAAUGCAGCGGCUAAUAAAAUGGCAAAGAUAGAAGAGACACCAGCACAACAGCCCCAGUUGCAACAGCAACCGCAGUUGCAACAGCUGCAGCAAACAGCUCAGAGCCAAGCGCAAACGCUGAUCAAUAAACAACAGCAAAUGUUUAAUAGCUUUCUGGGUUCAAUGGCCUUUGGCAAGCCCAUUGGCAACAUUGCGCCCGACAAAGCUUUCGAGAUGUACAACAGGGCGGCGGCCAUGGGUUUUCCCAAGGAAUUUGCCAAGGAUAAUAGUUGCCAGUUGCAGCACCAGCAGCAAGCAGGGCCACAGGCUAGCAGCAACAAGCAGCAGACAAAUCAACAGCAGCAGCAGCAGCAGCAACAACAGCAGCAGCAACAACAACAACAACAGCAGCAACAGGCACAACAGCAGCCACAUCUCACACAACUGCAGACACCCCAUAAUCAAAACUACCAGCAACAGCAGCAAGCUCAGGCCCAGAAGUUGCCACUGCAACAGCAGCAGCAACCGCAGCAACUUAACUACCAGCAACAGCAUAACUACACCUCUCAGCAACAGCAGUCCUCAGUGCCGGACAAACCAGCGGCGUCACAACAAGCCGCUCUUCCUGCUGCUGUGAGCGAUGCCAGCAGCAAUAUGAUGCACCACCAGCAUCAUCUCAGUCAGACGCAUCACUUGGCCGCCUACAACAAGCCCACGCCGCCGCCGCCUCAAACCUACAGCAAUCCCCUGAUGCAAUCCAUGCUGGGCUAUGCCGGCAACUAUUUCGACAAAUCUAUGCCGCCGGCGGCGCACAUGUACAGUGCCUCGAGCUCAGCGGCCACAGCAUAUGGCAAUCCGGCGCAGCAAUUGCCUGGGAACUAUGUUCCAGGCAACAACAAUCCCGCACACCAGCAACAGCAACAACAGCAGCAGCAGCAGCAGCAGCAGCAACAACACCAGCAAUCGGCAGCAGUUGCUGCAGCAGAAGUCAAGGCGCCAGCGAAAAGGGGAAGGAAAAAGAAGGCAGCCACAAUUGCAGCAGAAGCGGUGGCAGCGGCCGUCAAGCAGCAGCAGCAACAACAGCAACAGGCACAGCAGCAGCAACAAGUGCAGCAGCAGCAGCAACAACAGGUGCCUGCACAACAGCAACAGCAACACCAACCAAUGCCGCAGUACAAUAUGGCGCAGACGGCAGCCUCCGUUUCGGCAGCAGCAGCAGCUGCUGCCACCAAUAAUCAACUGCAGGCCCAUGCGCAGGCGCUGCACCAGGGCUUCCAGCUGUAUGCGGGCCUCAAAUCUGGCGGAGUGUCUUCGCCCGGAUCGGCCGCCGGCGGCGGGAGCAGCAACAGCAGCAACCAGACGACGGCAGCGGCCGAUGCUGCAGCUGCCAUCUCGUUGAAGACUUCAACGGGCAGCGGUGGCAGCGGCGGCAUUGUGCCGGGCAGCGCCUUCAACUUUGCGCCCACUCCCGGAGCCCUCGGCCUCUAUGGCGAUCAGUCGGCGGCAGCGGCUGCUAGCAGCUAUCUGGAUCAGUUCCGAGACGCCCCCAAUCCGUACUAUAUGCCACCGGCGCCGGCGCAUAGCGGAGCGGCUGGAAAUCCCGUUAGCAAUGCCGGAGACAAGAGCGGACAAAAUCCCUUGAACUCGGCCGCCGGUUCGUAUCCCUUCCUGGCGGCGGCGGCAGCGGCUCACCCCUCGACGCGUGCAGCUGCCGCUGCAGCGGCCUAUCCCUUCGCGGAUCCCAAUUCGCAGCUAUACCAGCAGUACCUGCGACGCGAUGACUUUCACACACGGAUGAUCUUCAACCAGAGUCUGCUGAGCGGGCCGGCAGCGGCGGCGGCGGCCGCCGGAUAUGGACAACCGCCGCCGCCGCCAUCCGCGUACCAACGGGCCACACUGGGCAUGCCGAAGCCGUACGAUAUUAACCGGCAAUCAUGGUUUUAGCAGUACGCCAGUGCCGCCAACGUGGAUCUCCAAGGGGACGACCUGACGGGGGCGGCAACUGGAACAAGUUCGGGAUCAGGAGCAGCAUCUGGAGCUUCAGCAGCAGCCACACAGCGAUGAAGGGUCAACAGGGUGAGAAAAGGUUUCAAAUCACGCAAGCAAAUUGGUACCCCAAAAAGGUGGCAUAAUUUUAGUUUUAAUUUUGAAAAAUUUAGCUGGGAUUUUCUUGAAGAAUCUUUUUUAGUUGGAGGUCGAAAGUUUGAAAAGCUUUUAAAAGGCUUCCUACAUAAGCUAUUUCUUGAUUUCUUUGAACGCAGGAUGUGUGUUGUACUGACUAUUUGAUAUUCCCUGGCAAGACUCGAAUUCCACUGCCUCACCCUAUCGAUUUUCAUUUAAAAAUAUUACUAUUUUUUCAUUUUUAUUUCUCACAAUUCAUUUUCUUUUAUUUUUGUGCAAUGUGUGUUUCCUUUUGUGACUGCAGUUGCCUCCUAGCAGAGUUUGUUGGUCUUUAGUUUGUACUUUUUUAGUCACAUAGUCUCUAGGUUUAAAGCCUUCGCUGUUAAUGACAAUUACUUUUAAUCGGUGUAGCUAAUUAGGCCUCUAAUUUAUAUUUAAUUGAACUUAAUUUGUUUUUAAAGCUUAACAAAAAGAAUAUGAAUAAGAAACCAUACAGAAAAUGCAAGAAAUUCAAAGAAUUGCUCUGACUAUAAUUAGAUUUUAGUUUAUUUUCAAGAAUUUAACUCGGUAACUACCAUAGGACGCGUGUGUGUAAAUGAACUACGAUUAUUAGUUAUUAGUUUUUACUAUUACUAUGAUUACUAAUAAUUAAUUAUUAUCGAUUCGUGCUGCGGACAAUUUGUUGAAAUAUUUAUUAAUCCAACUAAUCAAAGAGAUUCGCAACACACAUAACUAAAGAUUAAGCAAAAAGAACACACACGAAGUGAGGAUACAAUUUUAGUUUGUAGGGACGCCAAGCAGAUGUAUAAACUUUUGUUAAAUAUGCUAAGUAAACAGUACGGUCCUAGCAUUAAGCCUUAAAACCCCCGCUACAGCAAGUAAAAUAAUAAACCAAUGCAAAUGUACAACAUUCCGCCUCAUAUAACCUUUAAUACCGAUCCCUACCCGUAACAAUCCCCAUCCCACAAGAUCCCAAGAACAAUUUGCUGUACAGACAGGUAAAAACCCUGCGUUUUUACACACAUCUCAAGUUGUAGCUUUAAAAAGUGUAAAAAUCGAACGAUUGAACAAGCAGAACAAUUGAAAAUUAUGGAAUAUAUGAAAGAAAAAGUGUCUUAGUCGCUAUUAAAAUGAAGUAAAAAGAACAGAACAGAAGUAACGAGUAACGCAUAAACCGCGAGCCCAUAAGAAUAAUAAUAGUAUACAUAUAUAUAUAUAUAUUUAUUAUAUAGUGAAAACAAUAAACAAAAACAGCCCUGUAUUCAUCUAAGUUGUUAAAGCUUUCGUUUUGCAAACGUACAUUUUAAAUUUUCAUUACGAGAAACGUGUAAACAUAAAAACCGUAAAUAGAAAAACCGACGAGACGAAGUGAGAAGUGACGAGAAAAAGCGGUGUACCUAGAGCAUAAAGAGCAGCAACAAACAUAUUUAAAGAACCACAAGCUAAAAUAUUAUAUUAAUAAUGAAUAUAUAUACAACACAAAACAUAUAUAUUAUAUGCAGUAAGUGCAGCGAGUGCACAUUAUACAUAAAUCUGUAUGUAUAGGCCACAGCGACAGCGCAGCAGCGA